AUGGCAGUUUCAUUGUUUUUUAAUACUAAAUAUACUGGAUUAAAUAUUAAGAAAGUAACUAUUAGUAAAAUAUGGAAAGAUAGGCAAAAAUGGUUAGCAAUACUUUCUAAUUCACAAACCUCACAAACAUUUCUAGUAGCAGCAGGACUUCCUAUAUCUGACAUGAUAUUGAAAGAAAAAGGGUUAGAGUUUGUUAGAAUAUUAAAUAUAGAAGAUAAAUUAAAAUGUGCAAAUGGUUGGAUAUAUAAAUUCAAAUUAAGAAAUGAGUUACAAAAAUUUAAUUUUUCAGGCGAAGUUAAUAGUGCACCACUUAAUACUCUUCUGGAAGAAUGUACAAAUACAGAAGCAAUUGCAGGUCGAAAAAG